GUUGAUAACUUCUCUCCACUACUGCUACGUUUAGGCAAUACAAUAUUGCUGUCUAUCGCGCGGUACAGCGCUGUGCAUACCGAAAUCUGGUGUCCAUUAAAGAAAAAUGCUUUCUUUUGCGACGCCAAGCGUCUAUCAGUCUUCAAAAUGCUUCGUCACAUACGGUGUAAUGAGCCAUCUUGAACCUGGACAGCUUCCAGCCAAGGGGAAACCGUGGAGCGCACUUCUAGCGCAGGACUUCGUGCACAAGGUUGACUUAAUUCUUCCACAAGAGCUAUUGCAGGUUGUGAAGGAUAAGAUAACCGGUGACCCUAGCAGAGAAGCACCUGAGUUCUACAAGGUUAUCAUGAGACUCGGACAGAUCCUAGAGGGAGAUUUCUUCACUGAAUAUAUCAAGAUAGGAAACAUCAUGAUGAUCUCAGAAGGAAGGAUAGGCACCGACAAUGUGUUUUCCCUAAAAGAAGGCGUUCUUACGCUGUAUCUUGAUAAGGAGACGUAUGAGCGGGCUGGACUUGUUGGCAAGCCUCAUGGAGUAAAGGGCAAACGUGGAUCUAAGCCUCGAUGGAUUGUUCAGUUCGAUCUUCGAAGUCCAUCGAUGCUCCACGGCAAGAAGGGGUUUGAUAGAUUGGCAUAUGCAUGCAAAAAUGUGCUAAAUACCCCAAUCACCUGGCUUUUCCACAAUCUGUCUAAGACACCUGUCCCGGAUCCUCUUUCACAGCAUUAUCCCACUAAGUAUACAUCGACCCCUGGGAUUUCCGGAGAUCUUUUCAUGAAAGUUCCGUCAUUGAAACCUCCGCCAGCCAUCAUCUCCAGUCAAAACCGGUUAGAUCUAGAGGAAUUCGCCACUGAAAUAUAUGAAUGGCUGUCACUAGUUCGCCUUGAUAGCCCACGAGUGGAUGCAGACGAUAAGAUCGACCCUUACUUGUCAUGUUACGCAGUUCCCGGCGACAUGGAGGAUGUUCGGAAAGAGAAGCUGUGUCGAAUCAGUUGGCAAGGAUUCAUACCACCAAAGUGGACUCAGCAAACCUUGGUGGAUGUCAUCCUUGCUCUGCCAUCGAAAUCAUGGUUCUCGUUGAGUGUAACAUCAUUCCCGAAAGGUAUCAUUGGAGAUAGUGCAGACUGCACCGUCUUAAGGCCACCUAACUCUCCAGGAGAGUAUUUCCUCUGGGAUAUCAAGAAGCAUGAUUGAGAAACAUGAUCCCACAUCUGACACGUCAAUUUGAACUAAUCUUGCCUCGACCGGACAUUGCGACCUGCCCAACUCUGAUCUGCGACGGCAUCUUGAAUCAGUCGUCUCAAUUCUGCCUGGCCAGCUUCGGAAUGAAAGUCAUCCCGCUCAGCUAGUUGUUCUAUCCUUCUUCGUAAUUCAGAAUCGACUUC